UAACAAACAAAUCCACCUCCACCUCCACCUCCACCUCCACCUCCAAGCUCUUUAUCCAACUGCAAACAUUUCAUCCACACUUGGAGAAGAUGAAGCAUCCAUCUUUUGCUCUUCUUUUAGCAAUUUUAAUCCACCAGCAGUGUUUUAUUACGCCAAUCCAUGUUUCAGCAGCAGGUGAUAAUUUCAUCAGAGUGAGGGGAGUGCAUUUUCUUCUCAACGGCAGCCCUUACUAUGCAAACGGCUUCAAUGGCUACUGGCUCAUGUACGUGGCUUCCGACCUGUCUCAGAGGCACAAAGUCUCUUCUGUUUUCAGUGAAGCAACUAGCCACGGGCUCACCGUGGCUCGAACUUGGGCUUUCAGUGAUGGAGGUUACAGGCCUCUUCAGCUCUCCCCUGGCUCAUACAAUGAGCAAAUGUUUAAGGGGUUGGAUUUUGUUAUAGCUGAGGCCAGAAGAUAUGGGAUUAAGCUGAUAUUAAGCUUGGUGAACAACUAUGAGAGCUUUGGAGGAAGAAAGCAGUAUGUGAAUUGGGCAAGAAGUAAAGGGCAGUACCUCGCAUCUGAUGACGAUUUCUUCAGGAACCCGGUUGUGAAGGGUUACUACAAGAACCAUGUAACCACUGUUCUUAACAGAUAUAACAGCUACACUGGAGUUCAUUACAAAGAUGACCCAACAAUUUUGGCCUGGGAACUUAUUAAUGAACCUAGAUGCACAUCAGAUCCUUCAGGAAGGACUAUUCAGGCAUGGAUAAUGGAAAUGGCUUCACACGUGAAGUCAAUAGACAGAAACCACUUACUGGAAGCUGGUCUAGAGGGAUUUUAUGGACAAGCAAUACCACAUAGGAUGAGUCUCAAUCCUCCCUUCAAUAUCGGAACAGACUUUAUCGCGAAUAAUCGGAUUCCUGGCAUUGAUUUUGCAACAGUUCACUCGUAUCCUGAUCAAUGGUUGUCUAGCUCAAAUGAUCAAACUCAGCUCACUUUCUUGAACAACUGGCUCAACACCCACAUCCAAGAUGCGCAGAACAUUCUCCGAAAGCCAAUAUUCAUCGCAGAGUUUGGGAAAUCUUGGAAAGAUCCUGGUUUGAGCACCUACCAAAGAGACCUGCUCUUCAACACGGUGUACUCCAAGAUAUACUUUUCGGCAAAAAGAGGAGGAGCAGCUGCCGGGGGACUAUUCUGGCAGCUCCUCACCGAAGGCAUGGACUCUUUCCGUGAUGGAUACGACAUAGUUCUGAGUCAGAAUCCCUCAACAGAAAAUGUGAUUGCUCAACAGUCUCACAAGCUCAACCAGAUUCGGAAGAUUUUUGCGCGGAGAAGAAAUGCUUGGAUGUGGAGGAGGGCAAGGGCCAUUAGAAGGGCUGAAUGGUUGGGUAAACACAAAGGCAAACCUAUUGGAAAUUGAUCAAAUGCAUUACCCUUGUGAGGUUUGCUGUUUAGGGUUUCCUCUCUUAGAGAUGAUUCGGAUGAAACGUUUUUUGUCCAGGAAGGAAACUUGUGUUACACGUAUAGUAGACUGCGCUUUUCUUUGCCCUACAUGUCUCGAACUCGAUGUCUCGUACUUAUGUUGUCAAAGUGUGGAGUGAGUUUUUCAGGAAGUUUUCUGGUUUGUAGAAAACCAGAUAGCUUCGGGAGUGAAACAUGUUUAAACCUCUUAAGGCAUGUAACAUAUUGCUUCGGGGUAUUAUUAAUCUACUCAUAUUAUAAUA